GAAGCUAACAGGCUAGAGUGUGUCAGCAGUGACGGGAUGGAUUCAGCCACUCUUACCUACGACACAUUACGCUUCGGGGAAUUUGAGGAUUUCCCAGAGACGUCCGAGCCCGUCUGGAUUCUGGGGAAACAGUCCAAUGCUCUAACAGGAAAAGCAGAGAUCCUGUCAGACAUCACCUCACGCCUGUGGUUCACCUACAGAAAAAACUUCCAGCCGAUCGGAGGGACGGGACCCACCUCCGACACGGGCUGGGGCUGCAUGCUGCGGUGUGGACAGAUGAUCCUCGCCGAAGCGCUGAUCCGAAAACACUUGGGUCGAGACUGGAGGUGGGAGAGUGGUAAGCGGCAGAGAGACGAGUACACCAGCAUCCUCAACGCCUUCAUAGACAAGAAGGACAGCUACUACUCCAUCCACCAGAUCGCUCAGAUGGGGGUGGGAGAAGGGAAGUCCAUAGGUCAGUGGUACGGACCAAACACGGUGGCGCAGGUACUCAAGAAGCUGUCGGUGUUUGACACAUGGAGCCGACUGGCCGUUCAUGUCGCCAUGGACAACACUGUGAUCAUCGAGGAAAUCAAGAGGUUGUGCAUGCCCUGGUUGGACUUCGACAGGGGUGCGAGGGCGGAGUCUCAGGAGAUGAACGGGUACGCCGAGGGGGCGUGUGCGCUGCCCCAGGAGGAGGCGGCCGUGUGGAAGCCGCUCGUCCUGCUGGUUCCCCUGCGACUGGGCCUCAGCGACAUCAACAAGGCCUACAUCGGAACGCUGAAGCAAUGCUUCAUGAUGCCUCAGUCGCUGGGGGUGAUCGGCGGGAGGCCCAACAGCGCUCAUUACUUCAUCGGAUUUGUCGGCGAGGAGUUGAUUUAUCUGGACCCCCACACCACUCAGCCGUCCGUGGAGCCCUGUGAAAGCGGGCGGAUCCAGGACGAGUCCUACCACUGCCAGCACCCGCCGUGCCGCAUGCACAUCUGUGAACUCGACCCCUCCAUAGCCGUGGGUUUCUUCUGCCAGACGGAGGACGACUUCGAUGACUGGUGUAUGCACAUCCGCAAAUUAUCAGGCUGUCGAGAGGGACUUCCCAUGUUCGAGCUGGUCGACAGUCAGCCGUCGCAUCUGACCAACAACGAGGUCCUUAAUCUCACUCCAGAUUUUUCCGAGUCCGACCGGCUGGAGCGCUUCUUCGACUCCGAGGACGAGGAAUUCGAGAUCCUGUCCCUGUGAAGCCGAGGGAGGAGGAGAACGCUCGGAACGCGGAGCUCGGUGCCCGAACCUCCCUCAGCCCGAGACAGUCGAGAAGGAGAAGGAGCAGAACCACUGACCACCGGUCCCGUCCGUCUGGCAUAAAUCUCAGCCUCCCGCUCCCCGGGGUCAGGGGUCGUGGUCUCCGGUCCUCGGGAUCGUCUCAGUACGUGCAUAAUCACACUUAACGUAAAGCCGUCUUCGGUCUUAACUCUAUUCGUACACUGUUUUCACGUGAUGGUGCCUUUCUUUGUCGCUUGAACCCCGACGCGGAUGAAUCGGCUCGAUUUGGAGCGCGUGCUUUUCACCGCCACCGCUAACGUCUCAUGUCUAGCAGCUCAUACAGCCGACGGCGCGGUUACGGACCGAGUAAAUCAGCCUGUGCGCGUUAUUAUUAUUUAUCAUCAUUCAUUUACUCGCUGCAUUUUAAGCAAAAUGUAAAAUAAAAAUGUACAAUGAGGAA